ACGAACCGUUUUGUCACCUUUUAUUCUUUAUUAUUCAUGCAAGCUUUUUUAAAAGUAAUAUAAUGGUUAUAUUAUAGAAAGACGUAUGCCGCGCAAGAUCCGAAGAAUAGUUUGACGUCUAAGCUCCUGUAAUAGGUUAGCCCCUGGCUUGCUAGCUAUAACGUUACACAAUAUUUAGCUCGCUAGCCUAAUUGACCAAACUGAGAGAACUAACGUGAAAAAAGUUUGGCUAGCAAACAAGCUACACGAAGCUAAGAACACGACUGUGGUAAUGUGGUAGAAACUACGGCAUCAGACUAAAAAUAAUUCAGGUUGGCUUCGCAGGUAUUGUUACUGUGGGAACUGUUAGUUCCUAGCUAGCUAACCUGUCAGCUUAUCGAAUACCUGGCACAUUUCUGUCUCGAGGAUGGUGCUGAUAACGGCUCGCUGUGCAAAAGCCCUGCAGCUCACGCUCGCCGUCAUCAAACCGGACGCUGUCGCGCAUCCGUUGAUACUGGAGGCCCUCCAUCAGAAAAUCCUGGAGAACAAAUUCAUUAUUGUCAAGUCAAAAGAGAUUGUGUGGCAAAGGCGGGAUUCGGAGAGGUUUUAUGCUGAACACAAAGGGCGGUUUUUCUACCAGAGGCUGGUUGAGUUCAUGUCCAGCGGGCCGAUGUGGGCCUACAUCCUGGCCCGGGAGGAGGCUGUCUCCCACUGGAGGGCACUGAUGGGCCCCACCAAAGUGUUCCGGGCCCGAUACGUGGCUCCUGGCAGCAUCCGAGCCGGAUUCGGGCUGACCGACACCAGGAACACCACGCACGGAUCAGACUCGGAGGACUCCGCCCGCAGGGAGAUCGCCUUCUUCUUCCCAGAGUUCUCUGUGGCGGAGUGGAUGGAGAGUGCGGAGCCCGCCUUCAGGGCAGGGCCCGUGGAAUACGACCAGCACAGACGGACGCACACGCUAGCAGGACAGCAGUGACCAGAGGACCCGCUACAGACAGACCCAGAGCACCCGCUACAGACAGACCCACAGCACCCGCUACAGACAGACCCACAGCACCCGCUACAGACAGACCCACAGCACUGACAGCUCAUCAGAGACAGCACAGACUGCGUGCCUGAGGCACAGCCGACACAGUGCAGGUGAAAGGGUGCGUUAUUCAAUCCUGCUACAAGGCUGACUGGCAUGUAUUGUAACCCAGACGCUGAGCGUGGGCCCAGAUGGUGAGCAGUAAAGAGCAGAAGACUGGCUUUCAGCGCGGUCUUUAAUACCAGCUGCACAGGAGCGCAGGUCUACUGUCACACCCAAAACGAGAAGAAGGAGGGAUUCUCCCCCAGACAGAGAGUCCAGGCAGAACAGACGGGCCUCUAAAAAGCUCGGGGUAAUCAGAGUGAAAACACGAAGCCUGCAGUGUGAUCUCUUCUCUGGCCUUCAGCUCACAUCCUCCUCUUCGGUCUUUAUAGUUUUGAGCGCUUAUUAUGCAAGGAAAUAUAUAUUUUAUUUACGAGAAGUAUUGCUGUAUAAAUGUGCAGGAUGGGGAAGUGUUCAUUAAUGAAUAUGUAUCUGAAAUAUACUGUGCAAUAAUAUUGUUAGCGAAUGAUGCACUCAUUUAAAGACAAGCUGCAGUGAAGCGGCUCUUUCAGGGGAACUUUUGAAGGGCGGGGAGUCUAUUUGACAUCAGAUGAGGAUGCGCACUGCUGUGUUAAAAGGACACUGAUUGGAGGGGAACAGAAAAUUUUAUUGACAUGCACGCCCAUUAGUACACAAUGUCAAAUCUUGUAAAAUCUUGUUUUUCAGGAAGUGGACGGGGGGAAAAAAUGUGCAAAUAAACAAAUGCAAUAAAUAUAUAUACUUUAAGGCGUGUUCGUACGGUUAUGAAGAAUUCACUAAAUUGAGGAAAAAGGGAAUUAUCAUUUCAGCUUGUCUUUCAUGAGAAAACAUCUUGGCUGUCUGCGAAACUAAAAUAAGCCUUUCCGCUGAGUCGGUCUGAAGUAAACACGGCUGUGUUUGAAGUGCUGGGAGCGGUUUGACCUUCGCAACUCUGAAAUGUCUCACUUGUUUAUUAUGUACAAAUAAAGACCUGAAGUGUGAGUACAAACUA